AUGUGGUUUUCUCCUGGGCUUAUUCGUUCUUUUCGAUUUGUCAAAAUUAAUUUUUUAUCUCCAACAAAAUGCCUUAGCCCUUACCAUCUUUAUUUAUCCUCUUCUGUGUCGGUACCAGAUUUGCAGAGUCAGUUUGUUAACCCGAGGAUUCAUAACCUCUUGCAUAGACUCGUGUCGGUUUCUCAGCCGACUAAAAUUCAUGAAUCAAACUUUAAAGUGGAAAAAGUUCAUGAUAUUAAACUUCUCUCUGAUUCGGAGUUGCAAGCUGUUAUGCAUUAUUCGAAGAUGUUAACUACUCAAAAGCUUCAAAUGCCUCCAGUGAUGAACGAAAGGCCGUCAGACGAUCGCGAAAAUCUAAUUAUUUCUAGAGACUCUGAAUUAUGUGGAAUCCUUCCAGCCAAUCAAAAGCUAGCGUUUGUUGACAUUGGUUUAGACUCAAGCCGUCGACGUCGACUUAUGCUCAUUAGAGAAGCUGAUGGCACUCUCCGAUAUGCUGACGCUUCAGAACGCGACCGCUUAAACCAGGUUUUCUUUCCUCUUCCUGGUCGGCGGCUUCGCACGCCUUCUCUCUUCCGUGAUGCCAAUUUAGAGACUGCCUUAAAGAAUAACUUCCAUGAAUAUGUGUUAGAUCUUAUCUUGAUUCAAUUCGAACCCGAUAGUCCAGAAUAUAUUAAAAUUUGUCAUCGGGUAUACAACGAUGCUUUGGCUAAAAUCUGGACAACGAAUAUUUUAUCUGAUAACCAGGAGGGGGAUCGUUUGACCAAAAGUAUAAUUACAAGACUUCGUUCAACUAGACACUAUGGUCCCCUUGCCCUCUAUGUUAUAUCUCAUCUUAGACAGCCUCAGGGACUUAUACAGGAAACUCUUUCGCAUCAGUCAUUUGAUACUGCGUAUCGCCUGCUUGUUCUCACUUCAAUCUUACAUCCCAAGUUGAAAUUUUCAAAAGCCUUCGCCUCUUGUGGGAUUCCAUCCAAUGUCUUGGAAGAUGACAACGCCAUUCCAGAUAAUAAGACAAUACUCAAUGCAGUUAAGGUGCGUUUUUACUUAACGUUAUUAUUCCCUAUUCCUAAAACUAUCUAUUCUUAG